AUGAAGUUUUGGCCUACCGCUACCGCUUCCUUUAUAGGAUUAGCGAUAUCAUCGCAUGUUUCUGCAGUUGUUCUCCCUCGUUGUCCAGCCCCAGCCCCUGCAGAGGUGGUUGCUGCCCCUGCGUUGGAAGAUACUGCAGGGGCUCUCAAGCCGUCAGGUGUCUCCCCCCUCCUGCCAUGGCCUACCCCUUCAAAAGCGUUCUGUAGUCCACGAUGCAAACCAGUAGUCAGGAAGUCAUGGCGAAAACUCUCCAACUCCGAGAAAUCCAAAUACAUUGCAGCCGUUCAAUGUUUGACUAAAAAGAAAAGUAUCAGCGGUAUCCCCGGAGCCAAGAACAUUUUCGAUGACUUUCAAGGGACACACUCUGAGCAGACUCCUACCAUCCAUUGGGUCGGACACUUUGUUCUCUGGCACAGAUACUUCAUUGCCACCUAUGAGUACUAUUUAAGAAAUCUUUGCAAUUAUAAUGGUGCACAGCCAUACUGGGAUUGGGAACACGACAAUGCUUCUGGCUUAGACAUGGACAAAUGGCCUAUUUUCAACCCUUCUACAGGCUUUGGGGGCAAUGGACCUUACAAGAAUGGUGAUAACCCAUUCGGCAUUCCAGACCGAACUGGUGGUGGCUGCGUACCCAACGGACCAUUUGCGUACCCCAAAUUCACGGUCAACAUAGGUCCGGGCGAGUCCACAGGCUACAAUCCCCGCUGUCUGACUCGAGACUUUUCUCGCCCGCUUAUGAAAUGGGGGAGUCAAAGCAAUAUCAAUUGGGUGUGGGACACCCCAGACUAUGGCCAUUUCACUCGUCGUCUUGAGAGGGAACCAGAUUUCACAAUCCCAAACAUUCACGGAUCUGGUCAUUUUGGUGUCGGGGGUGCCCUUGGUACCAUUGGCGAUGCUCAUAAUAGCCCUGGCGAUCCUCUCUUCUAUCUCCACCAUGCCAAUAUAGAUAGGGUGUUUUGGCAGUGGCAGUGGCAGAAGAAAAACCUGCCAAGAUCACUAACCGAAGUUUCUGGCCCAAUUGUUCCAUUCGAUUAUGACAAUCUGAGCGCAGGAAAUGUCACCGCUAACUUUCAGAUCAAUAUCGGGAAACUCGCUCCUAACGCCCCACUGAGCGCGCUUCUGAACACGCAAGAUUUCCUCUGUUAUACUUAUGAGAAACCGUAA